UCCACGCAAAACAAAAUAGUACAGGUUCGGUGUAUUUUUAUUUUCUACAAUAAUGAGUCUUGAAAUGAGUAAUAUUAAUGGCGGAAACGGCACCCAAACGUCGCACGAUAAGCGUGAAUUGCUAUGCCUACUGAAACUUAUCAAGAAAUACCAGCUGAAGAGCACCGAGGAACUGCUCUGCCAAGAGGCCAAUGUAAGCAGUGCAGAUUUGUCAGAUAUCACCGAAAGUGAUGUCCAGCAGGUGCUUGGCGCAGCUCUGGGUCUCGGAGAUGCCGACCGGGAGCGGAAACAUGUCCCUCUCCCGGCACAGGAUCACAAGCAAUCAGCUGUGACGGAAGCAAAUGCAGCGGAGGCACUGGCCAAGUUCAUCGGCGACGAUAGUUUCGAUGCCCAGCACUACGAGCUAGCCUACAAGGAGCUGCGCACCUUCGUGGAAGAUUCCUUGGACAUUUACAAGCACGAGCUGUCAAUGGUUCUGUAUCCCAUUCUGGUGCAAAUCUACUUUAAGAUCCUCGCCAGUGGGCUUAGGGAAAAGGCCAAAGAUUUCAUUGAAAAGUACAAAAGCGAUCUCGACGGCUAUUAUAUAGAGGGUCUUUUGAACCUUUUGCUGCUGUCCAAGCCGGAGGAAUUGCUGGAUAACGACUUAGUGGCCGCCAUGGAGCAGGAUAAGUUUGUGAUCCGCAUGUCCAGGGACUCGCACUCGUUGUUUAAGCGACACAUUCAAGAUCGCCGACAAGAAGUAGUGGCGGACAUAGUGUCCAAGUACUUGCACUUUGACACCUAUGAGGGCAUGGCGCGCAACAAGCUGCAGUGCGUCGCCACCGCGGGCUCCCACAUCGGUGAGGCCAAAAGACAGGAUAAUAAAAUGCGUGUGUACUACGGACUGCUGAAGGAGGUAGACUUCCAGACCCUUACCACCCCUGCGCCGGCGGCAGAGGAGGAGGAUGAUGAUCCUGAUGCGCCGGAUCGCCCCAAGAAGAAAAAACCAAAAAAGGAUCCGUUACUGUCGAAGAAGUCUAAAUCGGAUCCCAAUGCUCCCUCGAUCGACAGAAUUCCGCUACCGGAACUGAAGGACUCGGACAAGUUACUAAAGUUAAAAGCUCUUAGAGAAGCCAGCAAGCGUCUGGCCCUGAGCAAGGAUCAACUGCCCUCCGCUGUCUUCUAUACAGUGCUUAACUCUCACCAGGGCGUCACAUGUGCCGAGAUCUCAGAUGAUUCCACGAUGCUGGCCUGCGGAUUUGGUGACUCCAGCGUCAGGAUUUGGUCUUUAACUCCCGCUAAAUUGCGUGCGCUCAAGGAUGCAGAUGCACUACGUGAGCUGGACAAGGAGUCGGCGGAUAUCAAUGUGCGUAUGUUGGAUGAUCGAAGCGGGGAGGUGACCAGAAGUUUUCUCGGUCACACUGGACCUGUUUACCGCUGUGCCUUUGCUCCUGAGAUGAACCUGCUGCUCUCUUGCUCGGAAGACAGCACUAUAAGGCUGUGGUCCCUGCUCACGUGGUCCUGCGUGGUCACCUACCGCGGACACGUCUACCCAGUUUGGGAUGUGCGCUUUGCGCCUCAUGGGUACUAUUUUGUCUCUUGCUCCUACGACAAAACGGCUCGACUGUGGGCCACGGAUUCCAAUCAAGCGUUGCGCGUCUUUGUGGGCCACCUGUCAGACGUAGACUGUGUGCAAUUUCAUCCUAAUUCCAACUACGUGGCCACUGGGUCCAGCGAUCGCACUGUACGUCUAUGGGACAACAUGACUGGACAGUCCGUACGCCUAAUGACAGGACACAAGGGUUCGGUAAGUUCUCUGGCAUUCUCUGCCUGCGGACGGUAUCUGGCCUCGGGAUCAGUGGACCACAACAUCAUCAUUUGGGAUCUGUCGAGCGGUGCUCUGGUCACGACACUGCUUAGGCACACUAGUACCGUGACCACGAUUACCUUUAGUCGCGAUGGAACUGUCCUGGCGGCUGCUGGUUUGGAUAACAACCUUACUCUCUGGGACUUUCACAAGGUCACCGAGGACUAUAUCAGCAAUCACAUUACUGUGUCGCACCAUCAGGAUGAGAAUGACGAGGACGUCUACCUGAUGCGCACGUUCCCCAGCAAGAAUUCGCCGUUUGUCACCCUGCACUUCACGAGACGUAAUCUCCUCAUGUGUGUGGGUCUUUUCAAGAGUUAGGAUCAGUGUUUAGCUUUUUUAGUAUACGUAAAUUAGACUUAAGGAAUGAUCGGAAUGUUUAGGAUUAAAGUUUUGUAACCCAUUUGUGUCUAUCCCCGCCCCUGGAAUGUCCUUAUUAUUAAGCAGAAAAGUGUAAAGUGCAAAUAUACACAAUUUAUCAAUAAAUUUGUAUCAAUGAAAAAGUUA